CCAGCGCAACGCAGUCACUCCAGGGCCACCAGCAGCGCCGGCGGGAAGCCACCUCGAGCUCCCUCACACACACACACGUCCUCCGGCGGCCUGGGAGUUUGCUCGAGAGCCUCUUCGCCCCUUUCACUCGGCCGCGGCUGGUGGUGCUUUGCCGGGAAGGUCGUCUCCUCCACCUCCGGAGCUGUGUUAGGAUAACGUCGCCGUGUGCUUUGUGCGCGCGCCUUCGGCUGCCGCGCAAGGAUAUUUUUUGGGGGGGACUCCACAAGCGGAGGCGCCUUUUGGACGGGGCGGAUUCCGGAUCUUCAUCGGCCAGAUGAGUGACUUUGGAAUCAAGAACAUGGAUCAGGUAGCACCUGUGUGCAAUGCAUAUAGAGGACUGCUCAAGCGGCAGCCUGCAUUUGAUAGCUUUGAAGGUGCAAAUUCUUUGUUUACUGGAUACUUUCCCUCAUUAAAUGAAGAUCAGACAGUCCAGGAAGUGCCAACAGGCCUUGAUUCUAUUUCUUAUGAAUCAAACAGCUGUGAAUUGCCUCUCUUAACCCCAUGCAGUAAGGCUGUGAUGAGUCAGGCCUUAAAAGCAACUUUCAGUGGUUUCACAAAGGAACAGCGCAGACUGGGUAUUCCAAAUAAUCCAUGGUUAUGGUCGCAUCAUCAGGUGUGCCAGUGGCUUGUCUGGGCCACCAAUGAAUUUAGUUUGGUAAAUGUGAACUUUGAGAAGUUUGCCAUGGAUGGGCAAGAGUUGUGCAGACUGGGAAAGGAGCGCUUCUUGGAAUUGGCACCUGAUUAUGUGGGUGAUAUUCUCUGGGAACAUCUGGAUCAAAUGAUAAAAGACAGUGAAGAAAAGUCACAAGAUCAGUAUAUGGAAAACGCCCAUCUCACUUCAUCCAUGCACUGGGUCAACAACAACACAUUAGGUAUUAACAUAGAACAAGCACAGUAUUGUGCUCAGGUACCCAGCUAUCCAAAAGCCCUCAGCUAUCCAAAAUCCAGCCUUUUGGAUGACUUAUGUCAGACAUCUGUUGGACCAAAUGUAAUUAACCUAAAACAAGAAUAUCAGAUGUUUCCUAAAGCACAGUUAGAAACUGUCAAUGUGAACUACUGCUCCAUGAACCAGGACUUCACAAGAAACAACUUGAACUUGAUGUUGGAUAACUCUGGUAAACUUAAAGAGCAUGACUCAGGUGACAGCGGCACAGAGAGUUAUGAAGGCUCAGAUUCAUUGCUGCAGUCUUGGAACAGCCAGUCCUCCUUGGUGGAUGUCCAGCGUGUGCCAUCUUAUGAGAGUUUUGAUGAUGACUGCAGCCAGUCCUUGUGUCUCAACAAACCCACAAUGUCCUUUAAGGACUACAUUCAAGAAAGGAGCGACCCUGUGGAGCAAGGGAAACCAGUUAUACCAGCAGCAAUUCUAGCUGGGUUUACAGGUAGUGGACCGAUACAAUUGUGGCAGUUCCUUUUAGAGCUUCUAACUGACAAAUCGUGUCAGUCAUUCAUUAGCUGGACUGGAGAUGGAUGGGAGUUUAAAUUAACAGAUCCAGAUGAGGUUGCACGGCGAUGGGGCAGAAGGAAAAACAAGCCCAAAAUGAACUAUGAGAAGCUGAGCCGCGGCCUCCGCUAUUACUAUGACAAGAACAUCAUACACAAGACUUCAGGGAAGCGCUACGUAUACCGUUUUGUAUGUGACCUACAUAACCUGUUGGGCUAUACAGCAGAGGAGCUUCAUGCAAUGCUAGGAGUGCAGCCAGACACAGAAGACUGAGCAUUGCAAUUUUCUGUAGCAUUGAUGGAAGAAUGCAACAACACAUGAACUGUGAACUGGGACCUCCUUGCAUCAGUCAUUAGUUUUACCUUCUGGCUGUUUGGAGUGGAGCACUGUAAAAGACCUUAAAAGAAGUGAUUUUGUGAACCAGGUGAAGCCAAAGGAAAGAAAUUGCCUUAUUUGGGGGCACCAUGGCUUCAGAUCUUGAUGUGUCCCACCUUUUGAGCAGCAACGAGUGAGGUCAACCACAGUUCCCAGCUGUAACUUGGAAGAUACGAAAGUACUCCAGGGUUUAGAGUUCUGGUUAUUUAUACCACCAUAUAAUUAAGGGUGUUACCCAUACCAAAGGCUGAUAGCCACCAGAAUUUCUAGCUUGAACAAACCCUAAAAUAACAACCUUGCAGAUGUUAUAUGUCAUGACGUG